AUGGAUGGUACUACCCCUCGUAUCGAAUCUCGAGCAAAUAGUUAUAAUUUGACCAAAUUAGAAGAGGAAGUGCUUAUCCAGUAUAUAAUCGAUAUGGAUAAGAGAGGCAGAAGCAAGGCAAUACAACCAGGCAAUCGAGAGUGGGCUACAGCAAUUAUAUAUGGCAAUGGAGAGGGUGAAACUAUACCUCCAUUUCUGAUAGUUCAAGGACAAGUUCAUCUUUUCAAUUGGUAUACCGAAACCGAUUUUCCUGCGGAUUGGGCUAUUAAACCUACUUCCAAUGAAUGA